AUGCCAUGUGGACGUGGCACCCGUGGUCAUGGCACCCAUAGUCGUGGCACCUGUGGUCGUGGUGCCCAUGGACGAGGCGCCCGAUUUACCCAUCCUACUCGAGCACAUCCUGCUCCCGUUGUUGAGGAUCCAAUUCCUGAGGUUCCUAUCCGGCCUGCUCCCCCAGUUGAGCCCAUAGCACCUGUACCUCUAGUUGCUCCAGUUCCCCCACCUAUUCCCCCUCCUCAGUCUGCUUUCCAGUUUCAGAGGCUCUUACUUCGCCGGUCGCACUUGUGCCUCCGCCCGAGCGGUGCCCGUGGUUGUGGUACCCGUGGACGAGGCACCCAAGAUACCCAUCCUACUCGAGCACAUCCUGCUCCCGUUGUUGAGGAUCCGAUUCCGAAGGUCCCGAUCCAGCCUGUUCCUCUAGUUGAGCCUAUAGUGCCUGCUCCUUCAGUUGCUCCAGCUCCCCCGCCGGUUCCCCCUCCUCAACCUGUUGUUCCAGUUACAGAAGCUCCUCCCCGUCGGCCGCACCCGUACCUCCGCCUGAGACCCAUCAGCCUACUACUGUCAAGGUUUCUGGGCAGUCUAACUUACCACGUGCUAGUGACAUAG